AUGCCUCGUCGAUCUGCCAAUUCUUCCACCAACGACUCCUCCACCUCGCCGUCCUUUUCCUCCGCCUCCGGAAAGGGCGGUAUCGCCAUCAAAGCGUCUUCCAAACCGAACCGCUUGACCCAAUUCUUUUCGACCUCGCCUAAGUCGAAAGUUGAAUUGUCGCCUGCCCAAGCGGCUCUGCAAACAACCGGUGGAACUGCUGCUGCGCCUCCGAUCAGCUCGGCGUCUCUUUCGUUGCCAACCAUUUCUCUCUCUACUGCGACGGCAGAUAAUCCCAACAUGGACGAACCGCCCACCACUCUCUUUCAGCCUCCCUCGCCGGAGGAGGCUCGCCGCCUGGCGAAGCAGCACGCUCAAUUCGGACCGAUCGGUCAUCCAAGUCACCGUUACUCGAGUCAACAUCCCGGCGGGGACUUCCCCGAACCCAUCAUGGACGAACCUCCGUAUUACUACCUCCUUACCACCUACAUCAGUUAUUUAAUCCUAAUUGCCUUCGGACACGUUCGCGACUUCUUCGGAAAACGCUUCCGCGAAGAAAACUACCGUCACUUGAAGCCCCGGAAUGGAUACGCUGCGCUGAACAGUGAUUUCGACAACUUCUACGUUCGCCGACUGAAGCUGCGUAUCAAUGAUUGCUUUGAGCGCCCGGUCACCGGUGUUCCCGGAAGAUAUAUCACCUUGAUUGAUCGCACCACCGAUGACCAUAACAGGAAUUUCCACUUCACCGGAACGACCACUGACACGCUUAACCUCAGCUCGUACAAUUAUCUGGGAUUUGCUCAGUCGGAAGGCCCGUGUGCCGAUGAUGCCGAAGAGGCCGUUAGGAAAUAUGGCAUCGUUGCACCCAGUACCCGUGCCGAAGCCGGAACGCAGGAUCUCCACAACGAGCUCGAGGAUUUAAUCGCUAGAUUUGUCGGUAAAGAGGCUUCUAUGGUGUUCUCCAUGGGUUUCGGUACCAACGCCAAUGUCUUCCCUGCCUUGGUGAGCAAGGGCUGUCUCAUCAUUUCCGAUGAGCUGAACCACGCAUCUAUCCGCUUUGGAGCGCGUCUUUCCGGAGCAUCCAUCGGCAUGUUUAAGCACAAUGACAUGAAAGACCUGGAGAACAGGCUCCGGGAGGCCAUCAGCCAAGGACAGCCGCGUACUCACCGUCCCUGGAAGAAUAUCUUGGUCGUCGUUGAGGGUCUAUACUCCAUGGAAGGGUCCAUGUGCAAUCUACCUGGUUUGAUUGCCUUGAAGCGACGUUACAAAUUCAACCUGUUUGUCGAUGAGGCGCACUCUAUCGGAGCCAUUGGACCGAAUGGACGUGGCGUCUGUGACUAUUUUGGCAUUGACACCAGUGAAGUUGAUAUUCUCAUGGGUACCCUCACCAAAUCCUUUGGCGCCAACGGAGGCUACAUUGCAGCCGAUAAGGCGAUGAUUGAUACUCUCCGUUCAACCAACUCCGGAGUUGUGUAUGGCGAAUCCCCCUCCCCUGCGGUCCUGGCCCAGAUCUCGUCCGCACUUCGCCUCAUCAGUGGGGAGAUCGUGCCAGGUCAGGGUGAGGAGCGGUUACAGCGCUUGGCUUUCAACUCUCGGUAUCUUCGUCUUGGAUUGAAGCGUCUCGGAUUCAUUGUUUACGGGCACGACGAUUCUCCCAUUAUUCCGGUCCUGCUUUUCAAUCCUGCCAAGAUGCCCGCUUUCUCCCACGAGAUGUUGAAGCGGAAGAUUUCUGUUGUCGUGGUGGGCUAUCCUGCUACGCCUUUGGUCUCGUCUCGAGCCCGUUUCUGCGUUUCGGCAGCACACACUAAAGAGGAUCUCGAUCGCAUUCUUACGGCGUGUGACGAAAUCGGAAAUGUUCUGCAGCUGAAAUUCUCAACGGGCGUCGCUGGUGGCGCUCUGCCCUCCAGCGAGGGCUCGGCACCGCCGCCAGAGAUGGAGAAAGAAUGGCAUCGCCAACAGAUUGCGACUGUGCACCCUCCCCGAUGGCAAGUCGAGGAUGUCAUCAAGCGCGGUGUGCAGGAUGUCAAGGUUCCACUGUUUUAG